AUGGGCUGCACUAAAAGCAAGUCAAAAAGAGCUACAGCUCCAAUGAAAAUGUCUGAAAGUAGCUUAUCAGUUUCAAAAGUUAUUCCUAAAUCCCUUCUAAAUAUUCGUCAAGAAGAUCCAUUGGAAGCCUUUACCGAUGUAACUUUAAUUUCAAGCAGCAACCGCUCUGAAGUUUUUAAAUGUUUAGACAAAUCUACAAGAAUGUUAAGAAUAUUGAAGCGAAUUUCCAAAAACAAAUCAGAGAACCAAUUAAAUCAAAAUAUCGAAAGACCAAAAGAAAUUAAGGUCUGGCAAGUUCUUGAUUACCCAAAUUUGCCACGAUGCUAUGGGCUUAAUGAAACAGGUGAUUAUCAUUAUAUUGUGAUGGAUUUCUGUGAAGGAGAAAGGCUUACUAAUAAACUUAGAGAAUUUCAAGAAACUGAAGAAAAAAUUUCUAUAAUUAUGAGACAAAUAUUAUCAACGGUUGCGUAUCUCCAUAGUAAAAGAAUUGCACAUCGAAAUAUUGACCCUAAUCAUAUUUUAAUUGAAGAUGGCUCUCUAGUGCAUAUUAAAUUAGUUGGUUUCGGAAAAUCCACAUUCCUUACUGGGAAAGAGAAAUAAAACGGCGACGUUGACGGCAAUCCUUAUGGAGCAGGUAGAGCCUAUCCUGAUGAAGCUGAAAGCAGGGCCUAUGUCCCUUUUGAAUUAGACCUUCGGUUGCCUUAAGAAGAGGGAAGUUUUGUUUCCCCCAAGAAGGUGCCUACAGCAUGAUCCUUCCUUGUCGGAACCAUCGGGUUACUCUAUAGAAGAUGGUUCUUUCCCUAGGGAGCUAGCCCUCUGGGCAGGUGGCUCAGGUCGGAAAUUCAAGAUACUGCCUCUCUCUUCCCUCUUUUUUCUCGUAAGGCGAGGAGGAAGCUGUCUUGGAGCCGAGACAAGGCAAAUGCUAGUGGAUCGCCAGCUUAUAGCCAGUUUAAUCGUUUAAUUUAAUUUACUGGGGAAAGAAAAAUAAAAUGGUGUAGUUGACAGAAAUUGGUCUCAGAGGUGCACUUCUAUGGAGCGAGUCAGGCCCAUCCUGAUGAAUCUAAAAGCAGGGCCUUUGCCCCUUUUGAGUAGGCCUUCAGGCUUGGUAAAUGUCUUGCCAAAGAGGGAAGUUUUGUUUUUCCCUGAAGGUUUUCUUGUCCUUCAGAUGGGCUAGACAGUUUUUGCCUACCCCAUAGUCUUUAUCUAUCAGGAAUGUCAAGGCAGUAGAUUGCUUUAAUAUAAGGAGCUGAAUCUUUUCAGAAAUUCAAGAGGGCUAAAUUUCAGUUGAGCCUUACAACCUUUGCAUAGGGUGUGCACGCACCCAAUGUAGGCCGCCUUUCCUGGAGUCAAUGGGUAUCCCUCUUAUGGCAGUAUAAAAUUUAAUCUAUAGUUAGUGACACUGACUAUAAUAUAUCCUUACUGGGCAAAAGAUGAUGGGACAGCAAGGGACUUCAUACUUUAUGUCGCCAGAAAUGAUUAGGGGAUACUAUAAUGAAAAGUGCGAUGAAUGGAGCUGUGGAAUGAUAAUGUACAUCCUUCUCACAGGCAAUAUCCCUUACGAAGGUAAAUCAGAUAUCGAAAUCGUUGAAGAAAUAAAAACAAGACCUUUUCAGUUGAAUUUAAAAGAAUUAAAAGGAAUUUCUUCACAAGCUAUUCUCUUGCUUCAGCAUUUACUUGAAAUUGACCCUAUAGCUAGGAUUUCAGCCUCUAUAGCAUUAACUCACCCAUGACUUGUACAAGCGAACAAAAAGGAUUCAGGUAUAUCUGGUAUUAUUGGAAAACUGAGAAAGUAUGAAUCUCAAACAGGGCUCUCUCAAGUAGUAUCUGAAUAUAUAAGUCAGACAAUAGAGCCUGAUGAUGAAAAGGAAAUCAUCAAAGCUUUUCAAGUUUUCGACACAAACAGAGAUGGAAUUAUAAGUAAAAAAGAAUUACUGGAAGGAUUUUCUCAUGUAGAAGGAAUAAAGAAUGCUCAUGGCGAUGUAGAUCGGCUAAUCAGCAAAAUCGCUGAGCUUUCAGAAACAAUUUCAUAUUCAGAAUUUCUAACUUUAUGUUUGGAGCAGUCAAAGUACGUUUCAAAAGACAAUUUGUUUGAAAUAUUUAAAAAUUUGGAUAUCAAUUCUCAAGGAAAAAUAGCAGAAAGUGACCUGAAAAAGGUUCUUGACUAUAAAAAUAAAGUUUCUGAGGAAGAAUGGAGAAAUAUCAUAACAGAAGCUGACAGUAAUAAGGACGGCUAUGUCGACUUUGAUGAAUUUGUCGCAUCAAUGAACAGAAAAUAA